AUGGGUAAAAGAAACUUCAGGUCCGGCAAGGGCUUUGCUAAGAGAGACAAGAAAGUGACAAACGGUAAUGGCCAGUGGACCGAUGUCAAGAGAGAGAACGAAAAGUGGGAGAAGUACUAUAAGGCUACAGGCCUCAUCCCAGAGGACGAAUGGGACACUUUCAAGGAACACUGCCAGAGAGACUUGCCUUUGACUUUUAGAGUCACUGGCUCGAGAAGCCAUGCUUUGGAGGUGAACCAGAAGUUUGUGGACGAUCAUGUUUCGAAGCUUCAGGACGAGGAGUUUGAGGGCCAGAAGCUCGCUCCAAAGAACAUCCAGUUCUACCCUGAACAGUUGGGCUGGCAGAUUGAUGUGCCUAAGUCUGUGAUUAGAAAGAACGCUCAGUUUUCUGAAACCCAGAGAUUUUUGGUGCUUGAAACUACCGUGGGUAACAUCUCCAGACAAGAAGCUGUGUCUAUGAUUCCACCUCUUCUCAUGGACGUGCAACCACACCAUGCUGUUUUGGAUAUGUGUGCUGCUCCAGGCUCGAAGACGGCGCAGAUUGUGGAAGCUUUGCAUGCUAACGACGAGAAGGAGUUGGCCUCGGGUUUUGUUAUCGCCAACGACUCCGAUUACAAGAGAUCUCAUAUGUUGGUUCACCAGGUUAAGAGAUUGAACUCGCCAAACUUCUUGGUUGUCAACCACGACGCCGCCAUGUUCCCUAGAAUCAACUUGGACGGUGAAAUCGUCAAGUUCGAUAGAAUCUUGUGUGAUGUGCCUUGCUCUGGUGACGGUACCAUGAGAAAGAACGUCAAUGUCUGGAAGGACUUUACCGUGGGCAACGGUUUGGGCUUGCACUCUUUGCAGGUUAACAUUUUGAACAGAGGUUUGCAGUUGUUGAAGCCAGGCGGACGUCUUGUGUACUCCACCUGUUCCAUGUCGCCUAUUGAGAACGAAGCUGUUGUUGCUGAGGCCUUGAGAAAGUGGGGCUCCUCUGUCAGCUUGAAGGAUUGCUCUGACGAGUUGCCAGGUCUUAAGAGACGUACUGGUGUUAGCAACUGGGAGGUUUUCGGUAAGGACAUGAACGUUCGUGAAAGAGGAGACGAGUCUGUCCCAGCCACUGCCUUCCCACCUUCUGAGGAGGAAGCUAAGCUGUUCAACUUGGACCGUUGUAUUAGGGUUUACCCUCAUUUGCAGAACACUGGUGGUUUCUUUAUCACUGUCUUUGAGAAGCAGCCAGACACCAAGCAGAACCGUAAGAGAGCUGCUAACGAAAACGAAUCCGAGGAGAAGAAGGCCAAGGUUGAAAAUACUACUACUACCGAAGCUGCUGCUCCAGUUAAGAAGCAAAAGGCUCCAAGAACCGCUAAUGAAGAGCCUUUCGUCUUUUUGGAUCCAUCCAACGAACAAUUGAAGCAGUGCUGGGAAUUCUAUGGAAUCAACGAUGGUUUCCCUAAGAACACUGCUUUGGUUAGAAACGCAAUGGGUGAGCCAUGCCGUGUCAUUUACUACGUGAGCCCAACUAUUGCCAACAUUUUGAGAAUUGAAGAACAGAAAUUGAAACUCGUUCACGCCGGUAUCAAAAUGUUCACUAUUCAAAGAAACGACAGCAGUAACUGUCCAUGGAGAGCCCAGAGUGAAUCUUUGCACACACUCAAGAACUACUUGAGCGAUGCCAGACACUUGACGUGUAACACAGAGAUUUUGAAGGUUCUUCUCCGAGAGGCUUUCCUUAAAAUUGAUAACCUUAGAGAGACUGGACUUGAUGCCCAGUUCUGCGAUAAGCUUGAGGAAAUCAGCGAAGGCUGUGUCUUCUUGACUGUUAAGAGAGAGGGUAAGGAGGACUGUCUUUUCCCAUUGUGGAAGGGUAGAGCUAACGUCAACUUGAUGGUUAACAAGCAUGACACUCAGGAAUUGCUCAUGAGACUCUUCGAUAUUGCUACUUCCGCUAAGGACGAGGGUAAAGAGAAGAAGCAUCAGCAGAAGGUCGAGUCCAAGAGAGACUCUGAGCAGCCUGAAGACAAGGAGGUGAAGCAGGAGGAGACCAAGGAGGCCGAGGUCUAA